CCGGAGGAUCAGCGCAGGUGUCAACGUCGCACAUUGUUUCGAAAAUUGCGCAUGCGUGUAGUGGACAAAAGAACUCCGGAGGAUCAGCGCAGGUAUAUAGCCCACUGCAUGAUUAAACAAAGAUAACAAACAGAUCAAUGACGUGUUGAAUGAACCAAACUGCUUAACUGAAACUGAAACAGGUGUAGAAGGAAUCAAACUGGGCGAAGGACAACCAAACUAAAAGGUGAGGGUGUGGCAGAUGUGACAAUUUAACCUUGAAAUCCUCAAUUCUUACACAAUGGCAAGAGUGAGCAUUGCAACAAGACACAAGGUGGUCAUCCUGCAUCAGCAAGGUCUCUCCCAAGCGGAAAUUUCGCGGCAGACAGGUGUUUCAAGAUGUGCUGUCAAAGCUCUUCUGAAGAAGCACAAAGAAACAGGCAAAAUUGAGGACCAGAAACGCAGUGGCCGGCCACGGAAACUGAGUGCAGCAGAAGAGAGGUACAUCAUACUGACAUCCCUUCUAAAUCGGAAAAAGUCCAGCACCGCUAUUAGCUCUGAACUCACAGAAACUACUGGAACUCAAGUACACCCUUCUACAGUUCGGAGAAGUCUUGUCAGAAGUGGUCUUCUGAAGCUGAAAGAAUGUAAGACAGCUCAGACUCGAUUUGAAGUGGGUGGUCCUGUGAGUGACGCUUGCAAUGACACUACAAGUAAGGCUAGUGCUGCCGGCGUUCCACCCAGUGAAACACCUGCUUCUGAAGCUCCACCUGAAGAAUUAAAGCUUACAGUGAGCAGUCUCCCUAUGCAGCGCUGCUACCGGAAAUCCAGAGAAUUACAGCCUACGUCGGACAGGCGCCGGAAACAGGGACACCCUCUGAACUCCGAGGAAUUACAGGAUGGGCAUUGCAUAGACUCUGCAGAGUCGCCCAGCGACUCAAGUGAGGAUGACAGUGAUGAAGCACUAAGAUUGACGGCUAUGUCACAACUUUCUCCAAUAAAGACCAAGGGAGUGAAGGUACAUAUGACUGAAGAUGAAACUAUUGAUAAGCUAGUGGUAGAUCCAUCAACUAUUGCUCAACCACUCAACAAUCUCCUGAAGGACAGGGAAAGGCAUGGCAGCGUGGUGGUUAGCACAACACUUUACAGUACCAGCAACCCAUGUUCAACUCCUGCUGCUGUCUGUAAGAAGUUUGUACGUUCUCCCCGUGACCGUGUGGGUUUCCUCCGGGUGCUCCGGUUUCCUCCCAAAGUCCAAAGACGCAGUGGUUGGUAGGUUAAUUGGUCUUUAUAAAUUGUCCUGUGAUUAGGCUUGGGUUAAAUCAGGUGUUGCUGUGCGGUGCAGCUUGAAGGACUGGAAGGGCCUAUUCUGCCUUGUAUCUCAAUAAAUAAAUGAAGUGCUCAGACGAUCCUCUUGAUUUUUAAUGAAGAACAACUGUGAGCAUUUCAAACUUUAAAGGUGACAUUGUGCACUGCAUCUGCAUUAAGAAUCCUGAUAGAGGUACAUAAUACACCCUGUAUAUCAAAGAAGAACACAUGAUAGCAGUCGUAAUUCAAGAACAUGGAGCCUGACAGCAUCGUGUUCAUUAUUACGUUGCCAAAGAUCUGAUUGUAUACACUGAUGAUUCAGUGCUUGAGAGAGGAAUUUGAAUGAUGAUUUAUGGAAUCGAAAUGCUGGCAUCAAGAAGCGUGGCUCCUGGUACCUCUGUGCAACAGGCAAAACUAAAAGCUUUGAUUGAAGUCUGUAAAUUGGCAAAAGAAAGAUCAGAUUAUAUUGCCAUUAAUUCUCAAUAUGCUUUUGGAGUUGUCCAUGGUUGUGGAACUCUAUGGAGACAGAGGUUUUCUUAAGGCUGUAGGAAUCCCAAUCAAGAAUGGCCGUAUUAUACAAGAGCUUAUGGAUGUCAGGAAACUGUUGUCAAAAGUUGUUGUAUUAAAAUAUAAAAGCCACUCCAAAAUGACUACAUUGGAAAGCUGUGGGAAUGCAUUGGUGGAUGAAAUUGCAGAAAAGGUUAGCAAGAAAUAUAUAGUGAACCCAACAACUGGAAUUUUGAAAACAAAGGUGAACUCUGCAGAAGAACAUACAAGAUAAUCUGGUACAGCAAAUAUACAUAUUGGUGUGCAAAAGAUAUUUGACAGAUUCUCCCAGUGGUGGUGGAAUCCAUCGUUCAGGGCACAAGCUUGACAAAAGUUUGAAAGGUGCAUGACUUGCCAGAAAAUAAAUCCUUCAGCAGCAGAAAAACUACCACAUUUAAGUGCUCCUUCCCCACCUGGUCCACUUUCACAGUUACAAGUAGACUACAUUUCCUACUAAGGAUACUAAACUGGUAAUAUUGUGCAAGUUUUCAAGAUGAGUGGAAGCUAUUCCAGCAAGGAAAGCUACUGACACACACACACCUGUAUUCCUGGAUGGGGGAUCGCCACGUCACAUUGACUCCAGCCAAAGAACACAUUUCACUGGUAGUGUUUGUCAGGAAUUAAAUCAACUGAUGAAUAUUGAAUGGAAUUUUCAUUGUCCACAUUAUCCAGAAUCAUCAGGACAAGUAGAAUGAUUGAAUGGAAUCAUUAAAAAAAUGACUGACCAAGUAUCAUAAGGAAGGUGUACCACAGCUUACAGCUCUUUCUGUGAUCUUAUGUAGCAUAACAACUCCUCCAAGCAAGACAAAUAAACUUAAGUCCAAUCGAGCUGGUAACAGAUCAUCCUCUGUCCUACUGGGGCAGCAUGGCAGUGUAGUGGUUAGCAUAACACUUUACAGUACCAGCAACCUGGGUUCAAUUCCUGUAUGUUCUUUCUUCGACUGUGUGAGUUUCCUCCAGGUGCUCUACUUUCCUCCCACAGACCAAAGACGUACCGGUUAGACUGGGGUUGAGUAGGUGGGCUGCUGGGUGGCGUGGCUCAGAGGGCCUGCUCCACGCUAUAUCUCAAUACAAUACAUGUCACUCCUGGGAGCCCUCUAUAUCAGGGAGGCUGAUACACACAUUAUGGCAGACAGUUUAGUUAACUAUUGUCUGAACUUAACCGAAGCUGUCAGGGCUGCUUCUCAACCAUUUCUGCUGCUUGGGAGGACACACCCUGAUUUCUGGUGAUUGGGUCUUGAUAAGAAAACAUGCAAGGAACCGCUGGGAGCUGGAAGUGAGCUGAAGUGGUAUCCUAUGAAAACAAUAAGUGCUGUGAUUAAUGUGCUAGUAACCUCUUGGUCACAGUGCCUACACUGCUUAGCUACACUAAGGAAAUUAUUAACCAACCAGAAGACUACUACUGCAAGUGAGUUAAAGUACUUUACAAAGACACAAGCACUGCGGCUAAUGUACCAGUAACUUCUGUCACAGUCUAUGCUGCUUGCCUACAGUGAACAAAUUACUAACCAGCCAGAAGACUUCAAACAAGUUGAAAACUACUGGACAUUAUCGUUUCUUCUAAUAUUAUUUGUUACUAAAUUUUUGCCAAUUUUCUCACUUAUAAUUCGCCUGUUGAGAUGUCUCAUUAUGUAUACUUACAUUAUUGAUGAUCUGAAAUAUUACAAUUCAACAAAGCUCCUGUAAGGAAUAAAUGGUCUAAGUUCAUGGAACAGUAUGUACUUUUUGUGCAGAGAGGGAACCUACAGCUCCUUUCCAUGUGAUCAGUUAGGAUCUUGUAUGUUUUUCCUGCCGUAAGACAUACAUACACCUUAUCUUUACCUCCUAAGUCUAGGACAACGGUUCCCAACCCGGGGUCCAUAGACCCCUUGGUUAGUAGGGGUGCAUGGCACAAAAAGGAUUGGGAACUCCUGCUCUAGAAGUAAAUGAGUUAUUUCAGAAGGAGAUCAUUUAGCAUUAAUUUUAUUCCCAUUUUUUGGUGUUGCAAGGAGUAUACAGGAGAUUAAAAAUGUUCCUACAGCCUUAGGAAGAGUAAGGAAUGACACUGCUGAAUAUGGGAAAAGUAACAACAGAAAUGACCCCCAUGUGUAAGGUGGUUCUUUAAAAUUACAUGACAUUAGAUCUUCUCUUAGCAGUUAAGGGGGAACGUGGCCAGUUAUAACCAAGGAGUGUUGUACUGACAUAACUGAUGAAUCUUAAGCCAUAACUCAUUUGGCUGAUAGUAUUCAUAAAGAAGCACCUGAAAUACAUCAAUCUGAUUGAUGGGAUUUCUUUGAUAGGAUUCAUUCAAGUCUCAGAAGCUAGGGUUACUCAAUAUUAUGAGUCAUAUUAAUUAUACUAAUACGCCUUAUCGCACAUCUUUUUUACUUGUUUAAAGGUGAUCAUUAAUAGAACAGUUCAAACUCGAGUAAGUGUGCCUAAUAAUCUGCCUAACUAUGACAUAAUCUUAUGAAUGCUUUGAAGAAUAUAUACCCUUUGAUAUAUUUUUUAAAUACUUUAUUUUCAAAAUUUUCAAAAACAAAAUCAACAAGAACAUAUAAGCUCAGACAUGUGUGAAAAUAAAAUGAGCAAAAAAAAGGGGAAAAAAAGGACAUAACAUUGGAGGGAUGCCCGUUGUACAGAGUGCUGAAAAGUGCUAAACAUUAAGUCUCGAAUGAGGGCCGUGAGAGAUUAGCUGGGGGGAAAUUGUUCAUCUGCCCCCGGCCUCGUCUAGGUAGACAAGAAAUGGAUCCCAGAUAGCCGAAAAUUUUAUAAUUGAAUUGGUUCUCAAGAACCUGAGUCUCUCCGUCUGUAUGACUGAGACCAUGUCAGCCAUCCAUCUCUGGAAGGAAGGGGGAGGGGGUGAUUUCCAUUCCUUCAAGAUAAGUCUUUUAGCGACAGUCAUUGCCAGCAUCAGAGAUUGUUGUAUGGCUGUAGGGAAGCACAGAGUGGAUUGUGAACAGCCAAAGAUGGCGAGACCAGCUUCCAAGGGGAAGGAACUUUUAUAGGUCUUUGAGUAUCAGUCAAAUAUUUUGGACCAAAAUCCAGUCAGUGAAGGGCAAAACCAAAAGGUGUGUGAUAACGUGCCCUCUGUCCCUUGACAUCUGUCACACAUUGGCAAGACAGAAGGGUAAAUCCUGUGCAACCUGAGUUUAGAAUAGUGAAGAUGGUGGACAACUUGGAACUGGAUCAGUUGGUGUCUGCUGUUAGCAGAGCAAGCCUGUACCAUGACAAACUCUUGUCCCAGGCAGCUUCAGAUAGUUCAAUGCCCAAUUCCUCUCUCCAGGCCUCCCUGAUCUUCACAGUAGAGGCUAUCUUCUUCGACUGUCCAUCGAUUUUGAUGUUGACUGUGCUGAGAGUUUAGUCUCUGCAGGCACGUUUAUGGGCCACAAGACCAGCAUUGGAUCGGCACUGUCUCCCACAUCGGUUGCAUUUGUGAUUUGACUGGUCUAGCACCGAAUGUCUGCGUUCAUGACCUGCUUCAUAUUUCUUCUGCCUUUUCUCCUCGAUAGCUGGGAUUGACUUCUUGACAAUACAGUGCCAACCUCUUCUGUCCAAAGCAUUUUUCUCCCAGGUGUUGACAUUCAUGUCAGUGUUCUUCAUAUGGCGCUUGCGCACAUCUUUGUAGUGCAGCUUCUGACCGCCGUGCUUCCUCUUUCCUUCAUGUAGCUCACCAGAGAAAACAGCUCUGGGUAAACGAUCACCGCUCAUUCUCAUGACAGUAACCAGUCCAACACAGCUGAGAAGCUGUAAUGAGCGAUUCUAUGCUGACUGGCCCAGCACAUUUGAGCACCUCCACAUCUGGUACCCACUCUUGCCACUUGAUGUGUAAUAUUUGGCGUAAAAGCCUGUGUUGUGUCUUGGUCAAUUUCUUGAUGUGCUUCUGAUACAAUGUCAUCGUUUCAGUUGAAUAAAGCAGAGAUGGUAAAACACCUGUAGUACAACCAUCAAACAAACGUACAAACUUAGAGACGAGAUGUCUGGAGUCAGGAGGGUUCUUUAAGAUAUCAAAAGAGAUAUGCUUCCCUGGAAGGAUUUCAAAAUUACAAAUCUUGGAUUGGACGUAGUGUCUAAUUUGUAAGUAACGAAAAAAGUGCGAAUGAGGCAGCUCAAAUUUCUCUUUCAGCAGACUAAAUGUUGCAAACCAUUCCUCUAUGUACAGGUCUUCAAUAGAAACUAGGCCCUUCUCCCUCCAAGCAAGGUAGGUUUUGUCUGACCAUGAGGGUAGAAAGGAGUGAUUGAAACAGAUUGGUGUUUGUACAGAGGUCUCUGGCAGAUUCAGAACACUCCUAAUCUGAUUUAGAAUUCUGACGGAGUUUUUCAAAACGAAACUUAGGCAUUUUGAAGUCCCAGGCUUUUCUAACUUAGAGAACAGCAUGGCUGGUAAGGAGGAAUUGACAUCAGAGUUAGACUCCAUAUGUAGUCACAAGGGGGCCCCAGGGGCUUAGUUAUCCGGAGCCCCCCGUUGCAGUAAUAGUGUCUGAAUACAGGUAAUCCCAGCCCUGCUUCAGACUUGGGCUUUUGCAAAUGAAUUUUCAAAAUCCGGUGGUUCUUGUAAUUUCAGAUGUAAGACAAAAUUAUGGAGUCCAACUCUUUAAAGAAGGCUGAUGUAAGAAAAACGGGGAGAUUUUGACAAAGAUAGAGAAACCUAGGAAGGGAAACCAUUUUAAUUGAACUUAUACGACCAAUCGUGGACAGAGGUAGGGUUUUCCAACUUUCUGUUUAACUUUUGAGAUAAACUCCACGAAGUUUAAUUUAAAUAUUAGUUUAGGAUCUUUGGGUAUUGCCAAGCCAAGUUAAGUAAAGUGAUCUUUAAUGACUUUAAACGGGACACUUUCCAAAAAACACAGCGUGUAGAUGUCGGAGAGGGGCACAAAGUCACUUUUUGUCCAAUUGAUUGAGUAUCCCGAUACACGAGGAAAUCUGCAGAUGCUGGAAUUUCAAGCAACGUCGACUGUACCUCUUCCUAGAGAUGCUGCCUGGCCUGCUGUGUUCAGCAGCAACUUUUAUGUGUGUUGCUUGAGUAUCCUGGUAGUCUGCCAAAAGAAGUGAUUAAAUCUAGAAGAAGGUGGACUGAGUUUUCUGAGUUUUGUAAGUACAGUAUCACAUCGUCGGCAUAUAAACUUAUAAGUGUUUCAAUAUCUCCCACUUUCAAACCCACAAUAUUUGGGUGACUUCUUAUUUUUAGGGUGAGGGGCUCUACUGCGACGGCAAAGAGGGCCAGUGAGAGAGGGCAACCCUGCUGAUCUGAACAGUGUAGGGGAAACACAGUUGAAUUGUCGCCUUUGGUUAUAAUAGAACACAUUGGGCUGGCGUAUAUCAGUUUUACCCGGGAUAUAAAUGACUCGCCAAACCCAAAUCUGUACAGUGACUCAAACAUGUAGGCCACUCAAUCUGGUCAAAGCCUUCUGUGCAUCAAAGGAUAAGAUUGCUGCCCCACUAGCUUUCCCAUGAUCAUACAUAGUAUUAAGGAGACGUCUGACAUUGGAAAAAGGGAACCUGCCCAGGAUGAAUUUAUUUAGCCAGUUACCCAGCAUUUUAGUGAUUACCUUUCUAUCCAAGUUCUGAAGUGCAAUGGGCCUGUAGCUGACCGGGUCUGUUUCCUCUUUACCUUUCUUUAGAAUGAGGGAAAUGUUAGCCUCAUACAAUGUUUCAGGCAAGGCUUUGUCUCUCUAGAGCAAGAUAUCAUUCUGAGGAGAAGUGGGGCGAGGAUAUCACAAAAUUUCUUAUAAAAUUCGCAGCCAAAUCCAUCCGGCCCAGCUGCCUUGCCAGACGGAAAUGACUUAAUGGCAGAGGUUAUUUCUUCCAAUGUGAAGUCAGAAUCUAGGUCCUCCCUAGCAGCGUCACUAAAUUUCGGCAUUACACGAGAGUCAAGUUAUUCAAAUCAGAUGGAGUGGCAUCGCAUUUAAAAGUGUAGAGUUCACUGUAAAAUUCUUUAAAACAGUCAUUUACCUCCUUGGGGUUAGUUAACUGGAUGCCCACCCUCAAUCUAAUGCAGUGAUAUUAAAUAUCCUAAGUAAUUUUUUGAUUAUGUUAUACUUAAUGUGGAUACCACAAGAUUUUCUGCCUCUGAAUUGUCAGAUGUAAUGAUUCUCAAAGCGUGAUUUAGAAUCAAAGGUCGAAUUGCUGAGUCUGACAGUUUAAUUUUUGAAUUACACUGUCUAGUUAUCAUUUUCUUUGCAGUCUAACAAUUAUUUGUUUGUAUUUUAAGUAGCAUUUAUAUACAUAGUAGUUUAAUAUGCCUUCUAGUGGCUAUACAAAGUAUAAUUCUAGAAGCUUCUUUGUUCUUUCAUUAAAUAAAUGAACAUUUUCUCAUUGGUUAACUUAUACUGCAGUAUUCACUAAGUGGUUUUGAACCGGUCUAUUGUUAUUUAUGGAUUUGAAUGCAAUUUUUAAAAUUUUGGGUAUAAAAGUAGCUGUUUCACACUAGGUGUAAUCUGUAGAUCCUCUCUUCAAGUUGUAAGGCCCUUGUCACUGUUCUGCUCCUGUUCGCUUUGUUGUCUAACUCCUAAUAAACUGUUCAUGUAUUAUACCUUUCCUGAUUUUUCAAAAAACUGUGGAUUCGAACACCAGAAUCCAACAUGAGAAUCAGAUUAACAUGUAUACAGUUAAUAUAAGAUGAUUGAUGUGGCUAUAAACUGCUUUCAAA